UUGGAUCACCAGUUCUUAAUUUUCAUGAGAUGAAAAUCACCAAAGCAAGAAAACAAGGGAAAACUCAAAUGCAGAUCUAAAUGGAUCGAGUCAUCAAAGCCGCGAGAGCCUCCGGUUCUCUCAACCUCUCUAAUCGCUCUCUCAGGCUCGUCCCCGAUGAGGUCUACAAAAGCGUCAACGCCGUCGGCGAAGACGAGAAGUGGUGGGAGGCUGUGGAGCUACAUAAGCUGAUUCUAGCUCAUAAUGAGAUUGAGGUACUCAAAGAUGAGCUCAGGAAUUUGCCUAUGCUGACUGUGCUCAAUGUCAGCCACAAUAAGCUCUCCCAGCUCCCGCCCGCAAUCGGAGAGCUUGCAAUGCUGAAGUCGCUAGAUGUGUCGUUCAACUUGCUCGGGGAGCUGCCGGAGGAGAUUGGGUCGGCAACUGCUCUUGUCAAAUUUGAUUGUUCAAAUAAUCAGCUGAAGGAACUCCCGAGCUCACUUGGAAGAUGCUCAGAUCUAUCGGAUUUCAAGGUGUCAAACAAUGUUAUCAUCGGCUUGCCAGAAGAUCUAGCAAACUGCUCAAAAUUGAUGAAAUUGGACGUGGAGGGAAACAAGCUCACAAAUCUAUCUGAGAAGUUGAUUGGGUCGUGGACCAUGCUCACAGAACUCAAUGCAUCAAAAAAUCUGCUGAGUGGAAUACCAGACAAUAUUGGAAACCUUUCUCGUCUGAUUCGGCUUGAUCUUCACCAGAACAAAAUUUCAGCAAUCCCUGUUUCAAUAGCAGGCUGUUCUUCCCUUGCGGAGGUCCACAUGGGGAAUAAUGCACUCUCUACAUUACCAUCAGAGAUUGGGGCACUUUCUUCCCUUGGAACUCUAGAUCUGCAAUCAAACCAGUUGAAGGAGUAUCCAGUGGAUGCAUGUAAUUUGCGUCUUUCAUUAUUGAAUCUUUCAAACAAUUCAUUGUCUGGAUUGCCCCCUGAAUUAGGCAAGAUGACUACCCUGCGAAGACUUUUACUUACCGGAAACCCUAUACGAACUCUUCGAAGCACAUUGGUGUCAGGACCAACUCCUACUUUAUUAAAGUAUCUGCGGAGUAGGCUUUCUCAGAGUGAAGAUGCUGAAGCUAUAACUACAACAAAAGAAGAUGUGAUUGCCAUGGCAGCUCGAUUGUCUGUUGCUUCAAAGGAACUUUCUAUGGAAGGGCUGAGUUUGAGUUCUGUCCCAUCAGAAGUAUGGGAAUCAAGUGAGGUCAUAAGAGUCAAUCUAACUAGGAAUUCCAUUGAAGAGCUCCCAGUCGAACUUUCUUCAUGUAUCCACCUCCAGACACUAAUCUUGUCUAGAAACAAGAUCAAAGAGUGGCCAGGUGCAAUUUUAAGCUCGCUUCCUAAUCUUUUGUGUUUGAAGCUGGACAAUAAUCCACUAAGACAGAUACCAUCAGAUGGAUUUCAAGCAACUCCGAUGCUUCAGAUUCUGGAUCUAAGUGGUAAUGCAGCUUCAUUAAAAGAACACCCUGUAUUUUCUAGCUUACCCCAUCUGCAAGAGCUUUAUCUGAGACGAAUGCAGCUGCACGAAGUCCCAUCAGAUAUCUUGAGUUUGCAGCAACUGCGGAUCCUAGACCUCGGCCAAAAUUCCUUGCAAUCAGUUCCAGUGGCAUUCAAGAAUUUUACUUCACUCACUGAGCUAGGCCUAUCUGACAACAACAUUUCAAUGCUUCCUCCAGAAUUGGGUAUACUUGAACCCAGCUUACAGGUCUUAAGACUAGAUGGAAAUCCAUUGAGAAGCAUCCGGCGGACGGUGUUAGAUAGAGGAACCAAAGCUGUUCUGCAAUAUCUCAAGGACAAAAUUGUGGAAUGAUUUCUGCCUACCUCCCCCUCAUCCAGACGGGCCAUGAAUCUCGAUUUCACAAAGCGCUUAUUCGAUGCUUGUUUCUUUGUCUCAGUCUUAUACUCUUAUGUAUGACAGCUUGUACCUUUUGAGUUUCCGAUUUAUAACUUUUUCAUUUUUGUAAAAACUAUAUUGUAUGUUAUGCUCUUACUGUUGUAAUUGAAGCCUGAAUUUCACACAUGUAUACUCAUGAUAACAGACUCAGAAAUGAAACUGGUUUAUGUGCCAGAGUUUUCCCAUUACAAACUUUGUAAUGCCAUUUAGCCUGAAACCGGCU